AAAACCGUAAAUAAAUAAAAGGAAAAUACCCAUUAAACUUUUUUUGAAAACGUUUUUUGGGGACUAUUAACUAACAUAAUGGUGCGCCUUCACGUAGCUCUCCUUCUUCUCUUCAUCGCCGUUUCCACCGUCAUCGUAUCAGCUACUGAUAAACCGUCGGUGACCACCUCUGGACCUCCAACCGCAACAGCUCCGACCAGUGGAGAUAUCGAGGUAGCACAGGCUCCAGCAGACGACAACGCCAUCGGAACAACCGAUGACGAUGCGCCUCCGACUCCCGGAGAUGAUGAUGUGGCAGUCGCCGGACCUAUCGGAAGCGAAACUUCUUACGCAAACUAUCCGCCGCCUCAGCAAACUUCAGGAAGUGGCCUCACCGCUAUGAUUGGAACCGUUUCUAUUGCUGCUACGAUGGUUGGAUCGCUAUUAUUUUUCUGAGGCGUGAUUGGUAUAUGUAAUCUAAGAAAUUAAUAUGUUUUUAAUGAAUAUUUUGUAAUAUUUUUCUUGUGUAGAAUUAUCAUGUAUAAGCAUUUUGCUUGUCCCUUCAUGUAUAACAUUGGGACGGUACAGAUCAUUACAACAUAAAAACUUUGUGUAUGUGAUUCAUAUAUAUGGUUUAUAAUACCUUGUGAUAUUCAUAAACCGGUA